CUUGGCAGCCAUUUCCCUAACCCAAUUUGGUUCAUUCUUUCAAAUCUACGAAAAUUCUCCCCAAAAUCCCUUGCAAAAUUGGAAUCCUCGGAAGAUCCACAGAGGGAAGAACAACAGUCGACGUUUGAAUGGAUGGGUUGGCCGUCAUCACCAUCAUCAUCCACCCUUUUUCUCCACCACCCAACACCAAACGCUGCUAAUGCUUUCUCUCCAACUAUCUUUUGGAGACCAUCUCGAUUUAACUGUUGUCAUGGGCUCAAAUCCAAAACCUGAGGCAAAAUAAUUUAUUUUGUCUCAAAAGGAAAAAAAAUAGAGGAAUUCAUUUGCCUUAAUCUGCCUCUGAUUCUCUAUGCUUUCCAUUACUUUAGAUUGAGAUAGAUAGAUAUGGAGAGACCUAUUAGACAUUAUUUGAGGUUUGGAAUUUGUCCACCACACGAGGAUCAGAAUCAUCAAAGCAACUAGAGGAGCUAAAGAGGAAGGCUAGAGCGGAGAGGUUCACGACUUCACUCGAUUUCUUGGUUUGACACUUUGGCUAUCUUCUCAAAGUUGUGAUUGUCCAGUUUGCACCUGUAGAUGAGCAAGCAAGGAAAAAAGCUAGGCUUCCAUGGUUUGGAUUGGUUGCCAAGGUCGGUUCAACAGAGGACAAUAAGAAGAAAGCAAGAGCAAUCAGGUCCUCACAAUGACAUUCUGGUUUCCUGUGAGUGGCAAAUGAUAAUGGAAACACAAAAUUCUUAAGAUUUCAAGUUUGGAACACUGGCCAUAGUGCUCCCGUUGAAGAUGAAACUGGAACACAAGGCUAGAACAUAGAUCACACUACUCCGGCCCUAGAUGAAGCAAGAACUCACGGCUGGAACACAGAUUUUAGUAUUCCUGUUCCAGAUGAAGCUGGAAGCCUGGAACACAAGGCUGGACACAGGUUGUAGUACUCCAGCUGAACACAAGGCUGAACACAGGCUUUACUGUAUUCAAUUGAAGGAAUUUGACCUUCACCAAGUAAUUGUUGGUAUAAUUGUACAUUAUAUGAUAUAGCUGGGGAGGACAACAAGUAUCAUCUUCAGAAGGUAUACAUAUGGGAAGAUUGAGACCGGUGAAAGUCCAAAUGACAGGAAUGACAGAGGUCUGUUCUCUACAUUGUCAUUAAAAUGAAAACUUUUUCUGUUCAUUGGGGCCUUUUUCAUGCUAAGAUUUUGAGCUGUGGUUUUGCUGUUGUGUUUGGCAAAAUUUACAAUUGCAAUCAGAGAGGACUUAGUUCUGAAAUUUUAACUUCUCAGUCGAUACUCUAGACCUCAUUUUAAUUGCUAAACAUCAUCAAAAAUAUGAAUGUUACUGUAGUUUUAUGUUCGAACAUAGAAAAUAAGUAUGCAUGUAUAACAGUGUCUUGCUUCAAGUCUACUUACAAUAUAGAUUUAAUAUGUAUGCAUUUAAUUUCCCUGAAAGGAGUUUACAUCAACUAUUAGCUUACUUGUUGAAGGCUUAAAGAAUAUAGCGAUUUAGCAUCUGAAUUAGAUUAAUCUUUUUAUGUAUGAGUUGCCUUCCUAAAAAUUGAAGGCAAACCAUUACCGUUUGCAUCCUUUUUGAAUAAAUUUAAUGACGGUAUAUAUCUUGUUAAUUUGAUGUAUAAUUGGGGGGAGAGAGGAAAAGAUACAGGUGAACCUCAACCGCAUUUCGUAGGAAUCUACAAAUUUGUGGAUGGAUCUUCGCUCACUCUUUAUUUGCUGGCAGUGGUACUGAGAUCGACUAUGAACCUGACAAGAAGGCUAGCUUUUUCCGCCCUCUACGAGUGUUUACUGAAGCGAAUGGGAGAUCCACCUGAAGCACUUCCUUUUCCCCUAAAGCUUGAGUGACUGGAUUCGUUAUGAUCAAUAUAAGGGAAGGUGAGUUCAAUGGGGUUUAAUUGUGUGCGUUUCACAUGGGCUACUUAUAUGUUCACAAGGGCAAAUUAUAGUAAGAUCACAGUUUCUCGAUCACUUGAUAAUUUUGGAUUGAAAGAUGCAAAGGCUGGGAUUGCAAGGAAUAAUCCUCAAUUGUUGUCAUUGAGUGUAGUGGAUCUGCAUAAGGCUGUGGUUAGUGAGCUUGGGAAGAAUAAUAUAAUGGUGGUGCUGGAUAACCAUGUAAGCCUGCCAACGUGGUGCUGUUCUAAUAAUGAUGGCAAUGGAUUCUUUGGAGAUGUUAACUUUGAUCCCAAGGAAUGGGUACAAGGGUUAAGUAUAGUAGCAAGAACCUACAAGGAUAAUCCCGCGGUUGUAGCUAUGAGCAUGAGAAAUGAGCUUCGAGGUGCACGUCAGAGUGAGGGCGAUUGGCGAUUGUACAUGGAGGAGGGUGCCACUACUAUUCAUAGAGAGAACCCUAAUAUUCUGAUCAUCGUCUCAGGGUUAAACUUUGACACAAACCUUGAAUUUCUCAAGACAAAGCCAUUCGAAGUUAAUUUUGAUGACAAGUUGGUUUUCGAAGCACAUUGGUACACCUUUUCCAUCUCGAAAGAAAAAUGGAUAGCUCAGAGUAACAAUAUAUGUGCAGAUAUUACUCAAAGCGCUAAAAAUAAUUAUCUUUUUCUAAUUAGUGGCAACAGGCCAUUUCCACUUUUUUUGAGUGAAUUUGGAAUUGAUCAAAGGGGUGUCAAUGAGGCAGACAACAGAUACAUAAGUUGCUUGUUGGCAACUGUGGCAGAAUAUGAUAUUGACUGGGCAUUAUGGGCUUUACAAGGUAGCUACAUUUUAAGAGAGGGCGAGGCUAACCAUGAUGAAGCUUAUGGGAUACUCGAUAUUAAUUGGGAUAAUGUAAAAAAUCCAUCCUUUCUAGAGAAGCUACAACUGAUAACACAAAUCAAUCAAGAUGUAAAGCCAAAUCAUCCAACCUACUAUUUAUUGUACCAUCCACUAAGUGGCCAGUGUACGAAGAUUGGCAAAACUGUUUAUCUAACCAACUGCAAGACUGCGAGCCGAUUUGAUCAACAUGAAGAUGGUGGACCGAUCAAGCUGGCUGGGGCGUCGCAGUGUCUCGGGGUUGUGGAUGAAGGAGUUGGUGCCCAGGCCUCAAAUGAUUGUUCGAGCAUGUGGAGAUCAGUUUCGAGUUCCCGGCUUCAUUUGGCUGCACCAAGAGGACAGGGCAAAUUCCUGUGCUUGGAAAAGAAUGAUGCUGACUCCACAAUUGUGACUAAGAAAUGUUUGUGUAUAGGGGACAAUCUUCAAAAUGCUCCUAAUUGUCCUCAAAAUCCAGAAAUUCAAUGGUUUAAACUUGUUCCUGCAAAUGUCUAGUAGGAAGCAUUAUUGACUCGAACUUUAUGUGUGUUUGGAUGAAUAUUGAGGAUGUUUAUUCCAUAUCUUUACAUAUGUCAUAUAUUAAGAUCUCAUUGUGCAGAGUUAUUGGACAGCCUUCU